UAUAUAACCUGAAAAGAACAUAAAACAACCCUUGGAGCUGAAGGAAAAUGUUCUGUAUAAACCAGUAAUGAUGAGCAGCAUUUCAAAAUGUGAAAUAAAUCCCCCUUUCUCUCAGCUUUCUUUCCAGAAUAUUUCCAUCUGUGCUGGUUCUUGUUCAUGUUUCUCACACAAGCGAUCUUGUGUCUUCACAGCAGCAGGAAUUGCAGUCCUGGCACGUAUUUUAUGGCACAAAGCUGUGUUGUGGCACCACACACCCACUUUAUUCAGAAAGGUGCUGCUGACAGCCCCCAAAGCAUGCCCUAAAGUUGGAUUUUCAGCUGAACCUUGAAAUUCUGAGUAAGCUGUGAAAUGUUUGGACUUUGAGUCUCAGUAAAAGAGGGUUUUUUUACAAGAAAGCUGGGAAGUUUUGGUUUUUUUUUUCUUCAAACAAUUGUUUCUUUCUCAGAACCGAACUGUCACAAUUUAGCUGUCACAAUUUGACUUCAGGAUUGUGUUUUCCUCCCAUAGAUGUUGCCACCAGCAAGGGCAGUGGAGGGAUCUGUGUUUUGUGCAGCCUUUUAAUGAGCUCCCCGAGGUGGUAGGAAGAACACAGGACAAAGAAUUCCCCUUCUGUUCAGUGCCAGGUUGGCUUCCACGUGACACUUCCUUGUGGUAAACUCUUUUAAUUAUAAAACUGAAGCAUUUAGGAUGUUUAGGUAUUGAAAUCCUGGAGUGAGAGCCUCUGAAGGUUUCAGGAGAGCUUGCUUUUAAAUAAUCAUUAAUGCACAGCUGCAAUCAGGGAGUUGUGCUUUGAUGUCUGAGGGAAUUUAAUACAGUGUAAAGCUGGGCAGUGUCUGGGCACUGUGUGAGCUCCUCAGGUCAUUCAGGAGGGAUGUGAAAUGUUAAUGAUGCUGUUAAUUUGUGUGUGUCUGUGCAGGUGGCCAUCCCUGCUGAAGUACUACAGCCACAGUGACAGUGUCAGCUGGCUGGAGGAGUACAAGGCACGGCACAAUGCAGGGCUGGAAGCACAGAGAAUUGUGGCUUCCUUCUCCAAAAGGUUCUUCUCAGAGCAUGUCCCCUGUGAUGGAUUCAGUGACAUUGAGACUCUGGGGUGCCCCAGCCAUUUCUUUGAGGAUGAGCUGAUGUGUAUCCUCAACAUGGAAGGAAGGAAAGGUCUCACCUGGAAGUACUAUGCAAAGAAAAUUCUCUAUUUCCUACGGCAGCAGAACAUAUUAAAGAACCUGAAGGAGUAUCUGCAGCGCCCCACGGAGCGACAGUCCUUUCUGGAGGGUGCUGUUUUGAUUGAUCAGUACUGUAACCCCCUGUCAGACAUCUGCCUGAAGAGUGUCCAGGCUCAGGUGGACGAUAUCACAGACAAAGUGCGCAAAGUGCUGCGGACCAAGAACCCCAGGCACCCCAGCUUGGCUUCCAAGGCAGGAGAGGUUCUCAUUCCAGAAGUGGAACUUCAGAGGCAGGUGCUUGAUGCCAUGAACUGUGUCCUGUAUGAGCAGCUGAAAUACAAAGGAAAUGAGCUGGAUUAUUACAACUCCCUGAAUUCCUACAUUCACCAGGUUUUGAUCCGCAGGACAGGAAUUCCCAUCAGUUUGUCUGUGCUUUAUUUAACGAUUGCCAGGCAGCUGGGAGUCAAACUGGAGCCUGUCAACUUUCCCAGCCAUUUCCUCCUGCGAUGGUGUCAAGGGAAAGAAGGAAGCACAGAUAUUUUUGACUACACCUACAUCGAUGCCUUUGGGAAGGGGAAGCAGCUGACAGUGAAGGAGUGCGAGUACCUGAUCGGGCACCACGUGACAGAGGAGUUCUAUGGGGUGGUGACCUCCAAGGAGGUCCUGCAGCGCAUGGUGGGGAACCUCCUGAACCUGGGCAAGAGAGAGAGCACUGACCAGUCCUACCAGCUCCUGAGAGACUCCCUGGACCUGUACCUGGCCAUGUACCCUGACAAUGUGCAGCACCUCAUGCUCCAGGCCAGGUUGUACUUCCACCUGGGAAUCUGGCCAGAAAAGGUCCUGGACAUCCUGCAGCACAUCCAGGCCCUGGAUCCCUCCCAGCACGGGGCUGUGGGGUACCUGGUGCAGCACACCCUGGAGCACAUCGAGCGGCGCAAGGAGGAGCUGGGCCCCGAGGUCAAGCACCGCUCGGAUGAGAAGCACAAGGAGGUUUGCUUCUCCAUUGGGCUCAUCAUGAAACACAAGAGGUAUGGCUACAACUGUGUGAUCUAUGGCUGGGAUCCUGCCUGCAUGAUGGGCCACGAGUGGAUCCGGAAUAUGAACGUGCACAGCCUCCCCCACGGCCCCCACCAGCCCUUCUACAACGUCCUGGUGGAGGAUGGCUCCUGCAGAUAUGCUGCCCAAGAGAACCUGGAGUACAACUCUGAGCCCCGUGAGAUCCCUCACCCCGACAUCGGCCGCUAUUUCUCCGAGUUCACCGGCGUUCACUACCUGGCAAAUACCGAGCUGGAAAUUCGGUACCCAGAGGAUUUGGAGCUCACCCGAGCCACAGUGCAGAAGAUUUACAGCUCAGGCAAGGAGUGAGUGCCAAAAGCAGCCUGGGGACAGAAGCAGCUGGAGUGUAGCUUUACCCUCUUUGCAGAACUUGCGUGGGAAGCAAGUUUGGUGACAAUCCUUUGGCUUAAUGCAUUGAAAACUGCAUUGAACUUGGAAACUGGUGCUACAGCAUCUUCCCGUUGUCUGCCUGCCCAUCCUGGCCCAGAGGCACAGGGACACUUUGGUACUUGAGGCCCAGCAGGAGGACCUUGCAGGGACAGCUGUGCCAGGAGUGUUGUCCUUGGGAAGGAUCUGCACAUUCUGCUCCUUCUGUGGUGGCCUUAGAAGGUCAACAAAGCGAGAUCCUGGUGUGGAAUAUGGAGGAAUCCCCUCUUCCAGAGAAGGAAGUUGCUUGUCCUGGCAGUAUUUUUGUUUGGCUGUGUCUGUCUGGUUUGGUUUGAGUGUCUGUCCCAUGCAGGCAAUAGUUUUUAAAGUCUAUCACGUUUCACUGUUGUCUGAAUUUUUGGGUCAGGUAUUGCUUCACCUCUGUAGUCUGAUUGUUUCUAGAGCUACUGUUCCAAUCCUGAAUAUCCUUCUGGGCCUGGCAAUAUCCUUAUGGGCCUGGGAAAGAGCUCCAGCUACAAAACCAGCAGUAGUGAGGCUCGUGGGGUGGCAAGCAGUGCUCACCCGGGGGCCAGGUGGCCACUUCGCCAAUGGCAGAGACUCUGAAAGCAGAGGAGGAGCUCCUGGCCCUUUGCAAUGCUGAAAAACACCCAGCUCGUGUCCUGACCUUGUUUUGGGAUCUGUCCAUCGUGUGUGUCCAAGCUGGGAUCCAUGGCACAGCUGUGAGUGUUCCCAGGAGGAUUUGGAACCUUGUGGGGAUGUUUGGUGGGACCUUGAGGGCAGCACCAGAGCGACUUCAAAGGACACAGAGCUGCCACUCGCUGCCACCUCCAACUCUAUUUUCCAAUAGGUAUUUAUGCAAUACAGGAAUGAUGACUGGAACCUGGCCAUCCCUGGAGUCAGCCAAACCAUUAUGGAAGCAAGAUGUUAAUUCCUGCAGCUCGAGGCCUUCUUCCUUCUUGCCAAAAGAAAACGUAUUCUAGGGGAACACAGACUUGGCUGCCUGCAAGGGAAGAGCUUUAGCAGCUCGAGGCACAUGACUUUUAACCUUGACUGAAAGGCCCAGGCAGAACCACUGCAGAAGAGGUUUUCCUCUGGGCUCAGGGGCUGUGGGGUGCAGAGUGACACAGUGUUUGUGCAUAUCUUUGUGGUUUCUGAAGCAAUGUGUGUAGAGUAGCUGCAGCUUGUGUCUCCUGUCACUGUCCACUUGCAGCACAGUAAUUCUUCUCUCCGAGCUGACAAUUAGGGCCCUGUAGAGGUAGGUGGAUGCUCUUUAGUCUCUUAUGCACUACAGGUAUCUCCACGUGGAAUCACAGCCCUCCUCUCCAGCAAUGCCUGCCCUGCAUGUCACCUCCUGCAACCCUGAGCACUGGUUUGCUGUGGAAAUAAAUGCUGAGAGCCCAGCA